UUGAGGUUACCCACUGCUACUGCCCAGCGCUCGGACGGUGAACCGUAACAGUUAUACACUUGGAAACGUACUUUGUCAUUGUCUGUUCGUCAACAACGUCUGUCUUAGUGAAGUGUCUUACGAUUUUCUCAUGUAUUAAUGCAGCUGAAGAUCGUGUCAGUGUCUUCCAAAAUUUGUAUUGUUUGUACUCAGAGAAGGACGAAGCUGACAGUGUGUGUGUGGAAUAUUUUUUACAAUUGAUCCGAAGAUUUAUAUUAGUAUCGCGUGUAAUUAACUUCCAUUCAGAUAUAUACAGGAAAUAUAUCUUAUCCUUUCCUUAAGUUGACAAGGUUUGAGGAGGAUUGUGAUGCUACGAAGCCCAGCAGACAUCACCUGACUGAAUAUCAUCCUAGAACUUGUGUGAUAAUGAGUUACUCCUUAAAGAAGUUCGAAUACCUGCUCAGGCAGUUGUUCUACCGGUUAGGACACUCAGUCGCCCUAAACUACGGCUACUUAAUCAUCGUGCCCAUCUUUAUAACUGGUAUCCUUGCCACCGGAUUCCAGAGACUCAAGUACAAUGACGAUCCCGAAUUCCUGUUCACUCCCACGUCGGGUCACGCUAAACACGAGAGAUCUGUUAUAGAAGAGUAUUUCACCCUCAACUUCUCAUCAGAUUUCAACCCGUCGCGGAUAACCCGGAUGGGACGGUAUGCCAGGUUUAUCAUUACGGCUAAAGAUGAAGGGACGAUCCUGCGGUCGAAGGUUUGGAACGACAUAGUGGCGCUAGAUCGUCUGGUCCACUCCGUCAGUGUCGACACUGACGACGAGGUGGCAAGAUACGACGACCUUUGUGCCAUCUCGGACAGCAAAUGUUAUGAGAACAACAUCAUAGGUCUACAGGAUCUGAUGCCAGCGGUUGAAAAUGGCACUUUUAACCUGACUUAUCCCAUAAUGCUCAACCCCAACAACUUCGACACAUACGUACUCCCGUUAUUUUUCGGUGGAGUGGUCGUGGGCAACGAUACUGUUGUGGAGAGCGUCAAGGCUCUUGACAUCUUCUACUGGCUCAAGUCGAGCACAACCAAGGAGAAAGCAAACGGCGCGCUGUGGGAAGACGCCAUCCUGAAAGCAGUGGGUGACCGGGACUUCGGCAGCAUCACCGUCGCCAGGUUCGUAUCCCGCACGCUGGAGUUGGAACUCGACAGAAACACGAAUUCAGUGACGCCUUUCUUCGGCGGGACGAUGAUAAUCAUGGUACUGUUUAGCGUGACCUCGGCCGUGUCCGGUGACUGGGUACGCACCAAGCCCUACCUGGGGCUCCUGGGAAUCUUCUCCGUUCUUCUCUCCUGCUGCGCCGCCUUCGGCUUUGUAAUCUACUUGGGGUUCGAGUUCAUUGGUAUCAACCUGGUCGGCCCCUUCCUUUUAUUAGGUAUCGGUAUGGACGACGUGUUUGUGAUGCUGGCUGCGUGGCGCCGCACUCGUCUUCAAGACAGUGUACCGGAGAGGAUGGGCCAGGCGUUUAGUGAUGCUGCGGUAGGAAUCACCAUCACCACAGUGACGGAGAUGGUCUCCUUCUUCAUCGGCGCAGUUACCCCGUUUCCAUCUGUCCAGAUCUUCUCCAUCUACAUGGGGACGGCGGUGGUGGUGGCAUACAUAUGGCUCAUCUCGUUCUUCGGAGGCUGCCUGGCUCUCUCUGGCUACAUGGAGAAGGACCAGCGCCACGGAGUCACUUGCCGCAAGAUCAAAUCCAAGUCAGAAACAGCGGAUGCCAGCUGCUGCUACCGUUUCCUAUGCACGGGUGGGAUAAGUGAAGCAGAUCCCUGGAAUGAGAAGGAUAACAAAGAACACAUCAUCAUGGUGUUCUUCAGAGAUCAAGUGGCCGGCUUCCUCAACAUCCCGGCCGUCAAAACCUUGGUGAUCAUCGCCUUCGUUCUGUACCUCGCAGUGGCCUUCUGGGGCUGUACCAGACUCCAGGAGGGACUGGAACGCAGCAGGUUGUCACUUGAUAACUCCUAUUCCGUCGACUUUUAUAAUUUAGAGAGCAAAUAUUUUAGAGAAUAUCCAUACAGAAUACAGGUGUCAAUAACAGGUGACGUGAUGUACAGUGAUCGAGAGACGCAGAAGGAGCUCAUGGCCUUGCUCAAGAGGUUCGAAUCGACGCCAUACAGUCCUGGAGCGCUCUAUACAGAGUCGUGGCUCAGAGCUUGGCUCAGCUUCCUGGAGAGAAACCAAGACUUCAUGAGUAUUAACAUCACAAGUGAAGAAGAAUUCUGCUCUCAGCUCAGAGAGCUGUACCUGUCAGGUCCGGCCAAUCUAUUCGCUGAGGACGUCAAGUUCAACGAGAACCAAACGCGUAUUGAAGCGUCCAGGUUCAUCGUCCAGGCAUACAAGGUGCUGGACGGAAACGCAGAUAAGGAUAUGAUGGAAACCUUCCGCAAAGUGGCCUCAGAGUCCAAGUUUAACGUCACAGUCUACAAUCCCUAUUUCAUCUACUUUGAUCAGUUCACUAUGGUGAGGUCAACGAGCAUAGAAACCAUCUGUUUAACAGCAGUCAUAAUGAUGGCUGUGUCUCUCGUGUUUAUACCAAACGCUCUCUGUUGUCUCUGGGUCGUCUUCUCUAUCACCUCGGUGGAAAUCGGUGUUGUGGGUUACAUGGCCUUUUGGGGCGUAAGUUUAGAUUCCAUUUCCAUGAUCAACCUAAUCAUGUGUAUAGGUUUCAGUGUCGAUUUCUCAGCUUAUAUCUCAUAUUCAUACCUGGUGUCUAAAGCUGAAACUCCAGAUGAACGUGUAAGGGAUUGCCUCUAUAAUCUUGGUUUGCCAAUCAUGCAAGGCUGUCUAUCGACUAUUUUAGGUGUCACAGCACUAAGUCUAUCUCCCUCGUAUAUAUUUGUAGCUUUCUUCAAGACUGUCUUCCUCGCAAUGUUCUUCAGUGUCUUGCAUGGUCUUGUGCUCUUACCAGUUCUACUUUCUCUCCUGGGUCCUGGUUCUUGCGGUAAGAAGAAAGAGAACGAGAGCUCCCCACUGUCUAAGGCAAACUGUCAUCCUUUGUCUCUUUACGGUCAAGAUUGUCCUCUCUCGAGGCCCAUUGAGCCUAUGAAUCUGAAGAUUCCGAGGCCUCAGAGUGUAACUGCAGCAAACAAUGCAUCACAAGUUGAGCCUGUGGUAUUGGGUCGUUCGGCUCACACUAAUUGUCAAGAAAAAGACUUAGGUUUGGGCACUUCAAGCGAUGAGUCCAGUGAAUCAAGCCUGAGUAAGGAAGAUAGAACAUGGCGUGCUAACUCAUAUAAUAAUUCUGGCAGUGGAAUCCAAUCAGAACACCCAACCCUGAACGUCUAUAGUAAUCACGCUUAUGUACCAGAUUCGUCUCAAGUUGCACAAAAUCCAGGACAGAAACGUCUGUAUAUAUAUGGUCAGUGGGAAGAUCCUCAUCGAAGCUACCAACAAUCACCCGUUGGCUAUUCACCUACUCAACAAUAUUGCUCUUUGCACCCACUUGAUAGGGACCGGUCACGUUACUCAAGCUCUCAGGAGAGGAGAGGACACCUGGGUAUAUACCCAACGUCGGAGUGUAGGUCAUACACAGCUUCCAAACCCAGUAAAGGGUAACAGCUUCUCCCCCGAAUCAACCUACCCUGGCUUUGCGCCCUAGUGAGGCCACUCCAGACCAGGCCGAUACCAGACCGCAACUCCAUAGUCUCCUGAGACCAAUGGAUGCCUACUAAAGCAUCUCCAGAUGGUCAAUAACAUACUCAGACUAAGAUGGCCACGAGAGCCCAGUACACAAGGUGUCGUGGAGCCUUAAAGUGUGACCAAAGGUCCAGUACAAUACACAGUGUAUUGUUGUCUGAACAUUGUCAAGGAUCCGGUACACAAUGUGUAGUGGGGUCUUGAACGGUGGAAUAGGGUCCAGUCCUCAGUUAAGUAUAGCCAUCGACCUUGCCCAAAGUGUUCAGUACAAACGUUUCAGUGUAAAUAUGAUUAACAAAAACACAGCAAGGACAUGCAGCCUUUGAUGUAAAUAUGUAAAUACAGCCACGCAAGCAUGGCUCUUAAUUCUGAUGUUUUCUCUUAAUAUUAUGUAUUCUCUUGGUUUUAUGUAUUCUCUUAAUUCUAUGUAUUCUCUUUAUUUCAUGUUUUAUCUUGAUUUACAAAAUAUUUUAAGGAAAUUUUUUAAGAGGAGAGACGAGGGUCGUCUCAGGAGGCCAAGACUCUGAAUCAAAUCGUGUAUAGUUAACUGUAUCAGUUAUAUUUUUAUGUAUAUUUAUUACCGUGAUGUGUUUAAGUGUUAAGACUAAACACUAGGUUAAGUGUUUAUUGAUAUAUUUAAAAAUAAACAUUACCUGUUAUUAGUAUGUUUUGGCUAAAGCAGGUGUUUGCUGAA